AUGCCCAGAAUCUGCUGCUCUCGUUCAGCUACACAAGUUGUGGUAGGAGGACAAAGAUCUCAUUCGGGUAAAGGGAAAAACAAUGAAGGAGGGAUUAAAUAUGGAUUUAGUUUAGUAAAAGGGAAAUCGAAACAUUCAAUGGAGGAUUAUCAUGUUGCUAAGUUUAUUAAUACCAAAGACAAUGAAUUGGGUUUAUUUGCAAUCUUUGAUGGUCAUAAAGGUGAUUAUGUAGCUGCUUAUUUGCAGAAGCAUCUCUUCUCUAAUAUCCUCAAAGAUGGAGAGUUUUUGGUUGAUCCACGGAGAACGAUUGCGAAAGCUUAUGAGAAUACAGACCAAAUGAUUUUAUCGGAUAGUUCGGAUUUAGGGAGUGGUGGUUCAACUGCGGUGACUGCGGUUUUGAUCGAUGGGAAAGUUCUUUGGAUAGCUAAUGUUGGUGAUUCACGAGCGAUUGUUUCUCGUCGUGGUAAAGCGAAACAGAUUAGUAUAGAUCAUGAUCCUGAUAAUGAUACCGAAAGGAAUAUGAUUGAGAGUAAAGGUGGAUUUGUAACCAACAGGCCAGGCGAUGUUGCUCGAGUGAAUGGUUUGUUAGCUGUGUCGCGUGUGUUUGGAGACAAGAACCUUAAACCGUAUUUGAAUACAGAGCCUGACAUUAAGGAUGUUACCAUUGAUAGUCACACUGAUAUUCUUGUUCUCGCUAGUGACGGUAUUUCGAAGGUAAUGUCAAACCAAGAAGCAGUUGAUAUAGCUAAGAGAUUUAGAGAUCCAAAGGAAGCGGCCAAGCAACUAAUAGCUGAAGCAUUGAGAAGAAACAGUAAAGAUGACAUAUCUUGCAUUGUUGUCCGGUUUAGAUGA